AUGUUUUCUCUUGCUUGUUUUCCCAGCUUACCAGAGAUCAAGAUGAGUCUACGGAAGCAAACCCCUAGCGACUUUCUAAAACAAAUCAUUGGAAGGCCAGUUGUUGUAAAAUUAAAUUCUGGAGUCGAUUACCGAGGUGUCCUGGCUUGCCUGGAUGGCUAUAUGAAUAUAGCUCUGGAACAGACCGAAGAAUAUGUAAACGGACAAUUAAAGAACAAAUACGGGGAUGCAUUUAUCCGAGGAAAUAAUGUAUUGUACAUAAGUACGCAGAAGAGGAGGAUGUGAAGAUGCCAGGAGGCUGUUUUGUACUGGUGAACCUCUUCCAAGUGAUGAGCCCUAUUUGUUUUGUAGUUAGUAAUACACAGGUGAAACACAAAAGUGUUUAAAUAUUUUUUUUAAAUAAAUGUAAACCAGUGUAAACUUUCUGAAUGUUUUUGUUUCAAAGCAUUGGUUUCUCCCACUGUACAGAAAAAAAUAAAAUAAAAAGUAUGUAAUAGUGCUGCAAGACUAA